AGUGACAGUAUGUCAACAAUAAUAAAAUCAGAUGUUGUAUGAUUUAAUUAAAACUUGAUUUAAACUUGCUAUUUUUAUUGAAAUACGAUUUAUGUGUUCAAUAUUGUAUGAUUGCGAGUUAUUCGGGAUAAAAAAUAAAAUUACUAAACGUACCUAUUGUGAAGUGCAAAAAGGUAAUUUGGAUAACUCUUUAAUUCUCGUUCAGAAACCGUAUUUCAAAUAGUUAAGAAAAAUUGUAAAUAAAAACACAUUAUCUUUAAAGGAUAAUGAUUAAUGGUCUUACAGCUUAAUUAUACUUGUCCAAACAGAUUAUUAGCAAUUGAGAGUGUACUGUGUAGCUUGUAUCUAGUUCAUGGAAAAAAGAGCUUUUUAAAAAUGGAAAUUUCCGCGAAUCCUCAAAUCAAGGCCAUUGCUAACCCAGUAUUUGCUGAUGCAUCAAACAAAUACACAAUUUCUGCGGAACAGAAGAAGUUUUACGAUGACCAUGGGUUCUUGGUUAUUAAGGGAUUAUUUGAAUUUGAUACUUUAUAUAAUUACAAGCGCCAUUUCAUACAAAUGUGCAACGGAGUGGUAGAUAGAGGGAAUGCUACGCUAGUGAAGGAAGCUGUUUUAGCUAAAAAGGGAUUAACAGGGGAGCAAGUUAUUAAUAAGGUACAAGAGAUACACUACGACGACGUGUUCAUGACAUACACAGAACACCCGCGGCUUCUGCACGUGCUGUCGCAGUUCAUUGGCGACAAUAUUACCGUUGUGAACAGCAUGUUUAUUAAUAAACCGCCUGGCAGUGGGCAGCAUCCACCGCAUCAGGAUCUAUUCUACUUCCCAUUCCGUCCAGCUGACAAAAUCAUAGCUUCAUGGACGGCUGUAGAUGACGUCACAAAAGAAAAUGGCUGCCUUUAUGUUAUUCCUGGCUCGCAUAAGAAAAAUAUUUUGUAUCCUCAUGGACAUACUCAAGGUGCAAACAAGCUAUACCACGGUAUUCUAGACGAAUCCGUGUACGAUACAAGCAAAUUUUCCCACUUGGAGAUGAGUCCCGGGGACACUGUAUUCUUUCAUCCGCUUAUAGUUCACGGAUCUGGGCCUAAUGUUACCAAGGCAUACCGCAAAUCGAUAACAGCCCACUACGCAAACAGUUCAUGUUAUUAUAUAGAUGUUAAGAACUCAGUUCAAGAGCCCGUUGCUAAGGAAGUGGAAGCUGAAGCUAAGAGACGCGGGUUCGAACUUAGCUUUCAGGACACAUGGCGAUUCAAGAGUAAGCAAGUACUUGGCGUUCGUUCCUCGCUAUAAUCCAGUUAAAAAGUAAUAAAA